AACUUUUAAGGUUAUAGCGAUUUUCUGCAAGGACAACAUUCGUAGUUUUAUCGUGAUAUAACAAUAUUUAAAUAAGAAAUCGUCCUUUCCUUCGGACGAGAGGUAGAGCCCUUAAAUUAAUUGUGUGAGCAGUGAUAGCUCGCGGGUUAAUUCUAUGUCGAUGAUAUGUCGGCUCCAAAUAACGUUAAAACAAUGCGGGCGCACAGAUUGGCCUAUCUGGCCGUCUGACAAAUAUGAAUUUGUGGCAUAAUUUCGUAACUUUCAUAAUCGAACAUGGUCAAAGAGAAACCAAAUUCAAUUCGUAUUUACGAUUCGGAAGGCUACAGGCGUAGGGCUGCAUGUAUAUGCGUGAAAAACGAUCUUGAGGAUGAGGUACUUUUGGUUACAUCAAGUAGAAGACCAGAUAGUUGGAUAGUGCCUGGUGGUGGCGUUGAACCAGAAGAGGAACCUGCAGUAACUGCAUUAAGAGAAGUUAGGGAAGAGGCCGGUGUUUUAGGACAAUUGGGCCGAUGUCUUGGCAUAUUUGAGAACGUGGAACAUAAACAUAGAACACAAGUGUGGGUUAUGCGGGUAACAGAGGAACUACCAGAAUGGGAAGAUUCACGUGCUAUUGGUCGAAAGCGAAAGUGGUUCACUAUACCAGAGGCCUUACUUCAGCUUGCUCAGCACAAACCCGUCCAGCGUUCUUAUAUACACAGCCUCCACAACACUAAUCCACGACAUAAUCCCAGUAUCUCACCACCUCACCAUUCACAUACUACUGUAACAUCCAUUCAGUUAAUGAAUAAUUCUAGUAACAAUCCCCAUCUUAAUAAACACAGCUAAUAUUAAAUACCAUCCAUUUGCGUGAACGAUUGCCAUCAAAUGUUAAAUAUUUGUUGCUGCUCCUUUCCCUUUAUGUGGCUAUAGUAACCACAGCAGUUGUAUUUUAUAUGUAA